GAUUGUGGAGGGUGGCAAUGCUGUUGGUUGUUGUGCACUGUGCUUGAUAUAUCUCUGUUAUAUCAUAUGCAUUAUGAAAAGUAGUUAUCAGGGGCUGCCAUGCCUUCUUUCCAGUUGUUUUAAGGCAUGUAUGGAUUAGAUAUGAGAACUCGGGUGGCUUUAUUAGGUUAUAUGGUGCAUGAAAUUUGCAUAAAAAAUCGAUUUUGUAGCUGGCUUGAUUAGUUUUUGAGAAGAUUUCUCAAGAGAGAUCUCAACCUUCAAAUUUAGGAUAGGCUGGUCUAGAUUAUGCAUGAGCAGAGGUAGUAUUUUGAGUUUUGGUUGCUGAGAAAAAGGUGCAUUGGUAAUAGUCUUGCACAUUGAAGGGAAAUAACUCUGCCCUUCAAAUUUGAUCCUUCAAAUCUGGGGUAUUCAAUGCAAUUCUGCAACUAUUGAUCCGUCAAAUCUGUGGUAUACAAUGCAAUUCUGCUACUAUUGAUUCCUCAAAUCUGCAAUGCAAUUCUGCAACCAUUGACCCCGCAAAUCUGUGGUAUUCAAUGCAAUUCUGCAACUAUUCGGUCUUGAGCUAAAGAAAGGAGCUUUGAAGCGUUAAAAGUCUCAACUGGUGAAGAACCUAUUUACAAAUUCUACUAUCAAAUGUUCAUUGUGAGCAGGGGGGAUUAGCUCCAUUGCAUGCAUAUUGCUAUUAGUUUUGGACUGUGUCUUCAUGCUGAUAUUUCUUCCUGGGAUAAGACGAUACACAGCUAGUAUACUUCACUACUAUGGGGGCACUGCAAUGUUUCUUCACUUUCAUAGGUGCAAGUCUUGUUCUAAGCGUAACAGCUCUGGAUAAGUCAGUUCAGUAUACAGAUUAUGACAGGCAUUUCGUUGUAAAGAAAUCACUGACAUAUGAGAAGGCACAUGGAUUCCUCCUGUGGGCAUCAAUGGGAUUUCUAAUGCCUAUAGCCAUAAUAGUGAUUCGGAUGUCCAGGGCUGCCAAACAGCAGGGCUCUGCAAGAAAACUUGAAGUUCUAUUCUAUAUCCAUGUUGGUCUACAGAGCUUAGCAUUCAUUCUAGCAACGGCUGGUGCAAUUAUAUCUCUGGUUAAAUUCAAUAACAAGUUCUACUUCACCCAUCGAAGGUUGGGCCUCGGCCUGUACAUAAUUGUCUGGCUUCAACCUAUUGUGGGUUUCCUGAGACCUCAAAGGGGCAUGCAAGGGAGAUGUCUAUGGUACUUUGUACACUGGAUAUUAGGAACUGGAGGAGUUAUACUGGGAAUUGUGAAUACUUAUAUUGGGUUUCGUGCAUACGAACUCAUGAGUUUAACAAGCUUAAGGACACUCAACAUUCUGUUUUCCAUUGAGGUAUCUGUGAUAGGGGCAUUUUAUUUGAUACAAGACAGAUGGGAUUAUCUUAUUCAACAAGGAGCUCUGAAAGCCAUGCCUGUAACACCUGCUGUAGUGUAUUCUCAACAAGAGCAACAAACCCCAAUUUCAUCCUCCGAGAGCAAUGUUACUUCAGUAGACUGUGGGAGCAUUUUAAAAGGGGUUGACAUUCUGAAAUAGAGUAUUACUAAACAUUGCUGUUGUUUUGUAAUACACAUAAUUUUUUACUAUCAUAUUAUUAUUGCUAGCAUGUUCCCAUGCCUUACAUGGGUUACAUUUUCAUCUUAUCCUAA